UGCAAGUUAUAAACCACUCCUAAACCUCUUGUUCGGCCUCCAUGGCGCUCUCUUCUUCGUUUCUCCUCCUCCCUCCUUCUCCCUCCAUUGUCUCACUCCCUAAACGGUCUCGUUUUGGGCCUUUCAAACCCUCCACCUUUGCUUCUGCUAACGGUUCUUUGUCUGCAAGACGACAUGCUUCCAUUGUAAUCUAUGCUAAGGCCAAGGCUCCUUCCCUCUACAGCACAACCACCGCAGAGGAGGAGGAGGAAGAAGAACUUGACACCGUCAACAUAGCAGAGGACGUUACCCAGUUGAUUGGGAGAACACCGAUGAUAUAUCUCAACAAAGUUACAGAGGGCUGUGUGGCUAAUAUUGCUGCAAAACUUGAAUCCAUGGAACCUUGCCGGAGUGUCAAAGAUAGAAUUGGUUACAGUAUGAUAUCUGAAGCUGAAGAAAGUGGAGAAAUUUCUCCUGGGAAGAGCAUAUUAGUUGAACCGACGAGUGGAAAUACUGGACUUGGUAUUGCUUUUGUUGCAGCAGCUAAAGGAUAUAAACUUAUUGUCACCAUGCCUGCGUCCAUAGGUCUUGAAAGAAGAGUACUUUUACGUGCAUUUGGAGCAGACGUUGUUUUGACUGACCCAGAGAAAGGCCUAAAAGGGGCUGUUGAUAAGGCUGAAGAAAUCGUUCUCAGGACACCAAAUGCAUACUUGUUUCAACAGUUUGAGAAUGUCGCGAAUACAAAGGUCCACUUUGAAACUACAGGGCCUGAAAUAUGGGAGGAUACUCUUGGAAAUGUUGACGUUCUUGUUGCUGGAAUGGGGACUGGUGGUACUGUAACAGGCACUGGACGUUUCUUGAAAAUGAUGAAUAAAGAAAUUAAGGUAAUUGGCGUGGAGCCUGCUGAAAUGAGUGUUAUCUCAGGAGAAAACCCAGGCUAUAUACCCGGUAUCUUGGAUGUUAAAUUGCUUGAUGAGGUUAUCAAGGUCACAAAUGAUGAAGCUGUUGAAAUGGCAAGGAAACUGGCCUUGGAGGAAGGUUUGCUGGUUGGUAUUUCAUCUGGAGCUGCUGCAGUUGCUGCAAUCAGUUUAGGAAAAAGGCCUGAGAAUGCUGGAAAGCUCAUUACAGUUAUAUUUCCAAGCUUCGGCGAGAGGUAUAUACCUACUGUUCUUUUUCAAUCUUUAUAUGAAGAGGCUCGAAAUAUGCAACCGAGAUAGUCGAGAUAUCUCUGAAAUUGGAGCAUUUCUUACAUUUGGGAGCACAGACCAUUGUAUUGCAUUAGCAGGUGUAGCUUUCUUCUCAAGUCAGAUUCUUGGUUAAAUUUCAUUAGAAAUACAGAGAAGCAAAUUAUUUGAGUGUAAAGGAAAAAGUCCAAAAUGGAUGUUUAUUUUCUUUCAUCUUCUGAGACAAGAGUUUGGAUAAGCUAACCAAGAUGUAGCGAUCCUUAUCAUGCCACUACAUGCUAUAAAAUAUCAUGUGGAAGAUCUAGAUUAAACAGUCAAUGUCAGAAAUGAAGUUGUUGUAGCUUGUAAAGAUUUCAUGUUCUAACAUGUAUCAGAAUCUGCUGUUCAAUUCUUGAAGAACUCACUCCCUUUCAUGGCAUGUAAGUGUUUCUGAUCCCAUUACAAUAAGGAAAGAUGAACCAUUUUUCUUUUGCAAGAAAAUUUAAGAUAUCAAGUUUCUUUGCG